AUGAGAUAUAGACAAGUAUGGCCCAUAGAUGUCCACCUUCGCCCAUUCUAUUUGGCUGGUAUUAUGAAAGCAACAAAGAAUCCUGGAGCACCAAUGAUGUUGGAUCGAAAGCAGGCCCAUAUGGAAUUGGAUAUAAGAAGAAACGCCAAGUACUGGGACAUUCCUAUAUCCCUUCCAAAGGUGAAAGGAUCUCAUAUGAACGUGAACAUAUGGGAAAAUCGUCCCACGGGAAGGAGUAUCCAGCGGGUGUUGAAUAACGACGCUGCUCAUAUCGAAUACAUUGUCAUAAGAGUUCCUAGAGAUCUAUUUGAGGACUUUAAAACCAUCGCAUUCACAAAGACAUCAGCUCUGGCUCAACGACUCCUUCUGGCCAUUCAAAAGCAGCACCCAAGUUCUGUUGUGGAACAUUGUGCAGGAUUGAUGUGGAGAAGGUUUUUUACUGAGCAUAAGAGCAUCUUUGAUGAAGAGGAUCUACGACAGGUGCUCAAGAGGCUCCCUGAUUGCAACGAAGAUACGCUGUUGAAGGUUGCCGUAACGGAAGAGGUGAAAACUGCACUGAGAACAAACACGGAUGAGGCUUUAGCCCAUGGAUGUUUUGGAGCUCCCUGGAUCCAUGUACGACGGAGUGCACAUGAAAUAGAACCAUUUUUUGGAAGUGAUCGACUUCCUCUCAUUGGUCACCUCAUUGGACAAGAAUUUCAAGGACCACUUAUUCAAUACGCUUCACAUGAACAAAACCAAACUGCUGCAGGAUAA